ACAGGGUGUACAUGGCAAUGAUGGCUCCAAGAUCGGGACUACUCGUAUUUCUCCUGUGGAAUAUCACCUUUAAAGCUGUCUGCACUGCAGCGAGCAGCAAUGAAGUGAACCUCUUGGACACGACCUCGAUCCAGGGUGACUGGGGUUGGUUGACGUACCCAUCACAUGGGUGGGAAGCCAUUAAUGAGAUGGAUGAAUACUUCAGCCCCAUUCACACCUACCAAGUGUGUAACGUUAUGACCCCUAAUCAAAACAAUUGGCUGCGUACCAACUGGAUCCAACGAGAUGGUGCCCGUCGUAUUUAUGUUGAAAUCAAGUUCACGCUUCGUGAUUGCAACAGCAUGCCAGGGGUUCUAGGCACCUGCAAAGAGACCUUUAACCUCUACUAUUACGAGACUGAUCGGGACGUUGGGACAAACAUCUGGGAAAACCAGUUCACCAAAAUUGACACCAUUGCUGCUGAUGAAAGUUUUACUGGUGUGGACCUGGGAGUGCGACGGCUUAAGCUGAACACUGAGGUGCGUGGAGUCGGCCCCUUAGCAAGACGAGGCUUCUACUUGGCUGUACAGGACAUUGGUGCUUGCCUUGCCAUUGUGAGUGUGCGGGUCUACUACAAGAAAUGCACAGCCAUGAUUCGCAAUCUGGCAAUGUUCACUGAUGUGGUGACCGGGGCAGACUCCUCCUCUCUGGUGGAAGUGAGAGGCCAGUGUGUGGGUCACGCUGAGGAAAGAGACACCCCCAAAAUGUAUUGCAGUGCAGAGGGAGAGUGGCUGGUCCCAAUUGGAAGAUGUGUCUGCAGUGCUGGCUUUGAAGAGCAUAGGGAUGCCUGCAUGGCCUGUGAACCCGGCUUUUACAAGCCAACCCCCGGAGAUGACCUAUGUGGGAAAUGCCCUGUGCACAGCCACUCAGAAACUCGGGCAGCUGUCAUUUGUCAGUGUGACACCAGCUACUACCGCUCCGCCCAGGACCCUGCAGCUGCACCCUGUACACGACCCCCUUCUGCUCCGGUCAAUGUGAUCUCAACAGUUAAUGGCACCUCCGUCAGCUUAGAAUGGAGCGCCCCCUAUGACACAGGUGGGCGCACAGACAUGCGAUACAAUGUCAUGUGCAGGAAGUGCAUCUGGGAUUCUGGGCAGUGUGAAACGUGCAGUGGAUCUGGAGGAGGCAAGCAGCAGCGCGGUGUCGGAGCGGUCCGCUAUGUACCACAGCAGGUGGGCCUGAGCCAGCCUUGGGUGACUGUUCUGAACCUUGGAGCGCACAUGAACUACACCUUCUUCAUCGAGGCAGCUAAUGGCGUCUCAUAUAUCAGCCAGGAGCCCCGGCAUUCAACAGCGGUCAACGUCACCACAAACCAGGCAGCUCCAUCUCAGGUGAUGAUAAUUCGACAGGAGAAUACAAGUCAGAACAGUGUAACCCUGAUGUGGCAUGAGCCGGAGCAGCCCAAUGGAGUCAUCCUAGAGUACGAGGUCAAGUUUUUUGAAAAGGAAAAAGAUCAGCAGAACUAUUCAACCCUGAAGUCAAAAGGCACAAGUGCACAAGUGUCUGGACUAAAACCCGGGACCCGCUAUGUGUUUCAGGUCCGUGCACGAACGUCUGCUGGCUGCGGACGAUUUAGCCCAACUGUGGAGAUUGAGACCAAGAAAACAGUCCCUCUCCGUUACAACACCAUGACAAUUAUCUGGAUUUGCCUGGCACUUAUUAUGGGGUUGGGGACCUUUCUGAUGGUGCUGAUUUGUCGUAAGAGACAUUGCGGUUACAGCAAAGCCUUCCAGGAUCCAGAAGAGGAGAAGAUGCACUAUGAAAAUGGACACAUAAAGUUCCCAGAAUCCAAGUUUUAUAUUGAUCCUCAUACCUAUGAGGACCCCUGCCAGGCCAUCCAUGAGUUUGCCCGUGAAAUUGAGGCAUCCAGGAUCAAAAUUGAGAAGAUCAUUGGCUCAGGAGAGUUUGGUGAGGUUUGCUACGGUCGAAUGAAGCUGCCUGGCAAAAGAGAAAUUCCCGUGGCCCUGAAGACGCUGAAGUCCGGCUACACAGAGAAGCAGAGGCGAGACUUCCUGAGUGAGGCCAGCAUUAUGGCACAAUUUGACCACCCUAAUGUCAUUCGUUUGGAGGGAGUUGUCACUAGAAGUAAACCUGUCAUGAUUAUCACUGAGUACAUGGAAAAUGGUUCUUUGGACUCCUUCCUUCGGAAACAUGAUGGUCAGUUCAGUAUCAUCCAGCUGGUGGGAAUUCUGCGGGGGAUUGCGGCCGGCAUGAAGUACUUGUCUGAUCUGGGAUACAUUCACCGUGACCUGGCAGCUCGUAAUAUUCUUGUCAACAGCAAUCUGGUAUGCAAAGUGUCUGAUUUUGGCCUCUCACGUGUUCUGGAAGAUGACCCUGAUGGUGCCUACACAACCAGUGGUGGAAAGAUCCCCAUUCGCUGGACUGCUCCAGAAGCAAUUGCUUUCCGUAAAUUCUCUUCAGCCAGCGAUGUGUGGAGCUAUGGCGUUGUCAUGUGGGAGGUGAUGUCUUAUGGGGAAAGGCCUUACUGGAAUUUGACUAACAGAGAUGUGAUCAAGUCAGUAGAGGAAGGAUAUCGUCUGCCCACCCCCAUGGGCUGUCCAGCUACUCUUCAUCAGCUGAUGCUGGAUUGUUGGCAGAAAGACCGCAAUGAGAGGCCCAGGUUCUGCCAGAUUGUGACUGUUUUUGACAAGCUUAUCCGUAACCCAGAUCAUCUGAAAGGUGCAGAGACUCUUGGCCGGUUAAACUACCCGUUAACAAACAAGCACGUCCCCGACUUCACCUCCUGUCGCACAGUGGAUGACUUUUUGGAUGGCAUUAAAAUGGGUCGCUACAAAGAAAACUUUGCCGCUGCUGGAUACCUGUCACUGGGGCACGUAAUGAAAAUGAAUCUCGAUUUAGACGGUCACCUCUCCUCUGCAAGACGCUGCUGCUCCAGUACUUUCAAGCGCUUUAACACGUCCUCUGAUCGCCCCACUCGACGGCCAACUUCUUUUAAACCGGGAUAUGCAGAGACUUGGGGUAACGUUAAUAGGCCACCAAAAGAAAAUCACGAGCAGCGUGCAGCUCAUGAGGGCGCAAUUGCUAAACAGCAGUGGAUCAGCAAUCCAGGUAUGGUCAGAGGGCAGACGCUGAGGCCAUCGCAGAAAACCUGACAUCGUUGAGCAUCUGGAGGAACAUGGGGACAGCUCCUUUGAAUUUGUUUUUUCUUUUUAUGCUGACUUAAAUGGCUUCUUUUUUAACAUUUUGGGGUUUGUAUUAUUGAUUUCAGUAUUUACAGGAAGACUGCCUUAACAUUCCCUUGAAUCUUUUUUGUGUCCAUCUCAGGGCACAAAAAGCCAGGAGCAAACUGAAAUUUUCUCCAGUAUUGAAAUCAGCUUAGUGUUCCCUGAGAGGAGGAUCAUCAGAGGCCGACUUGACAAAGACAUGGGCACACAGUUGAACUCCUAAAAGGAAAAGGCUGCAAUAUCCUUGACCUCAAGACAAAAAGGACUCCUUUGGAAAGAUGUCCCGGAUUUAGCUAAGGGCUAUGUCUUUGGUGUCCUCGAAUUGAAAUUAGGCUCUGUUAGCUGCUAAUUAUGUCCCCUGAAUGAAAGGCACGAGUAAUAAAGCAGAAAGUCGCCUUGAUGAUAAUAUUUACAUGCAUAGCAAUUCAGACAUUGGAAUAACUGAAUACAAAGAAGACAGACUGAGGAUCUGCACCUUGGUUUCAUUUACAACACUAUGCAUUCCAGUUCAAAACUCCAGUAUAUUUUUACAGCAAGGAGACUGGAGGAAUAAACACAGCUGUCCAUCUGCAAGAUAGCCCGGUUUAACCUUCACUUAUUUACACACCUAGCUAUGCUACAGGGUGUACAGCAGGGUGGCAGUGUAAGUGGGGUGUAUGGCUAGUGAGCAGAGCUUCAUCUGGGAUCUUGAGUGGGUGCAGAGGAGUCUGCAGGAGCUGAAAGUGUUUGGCAUAAAUAGGAGUGGCCCUGGGUGUCAUGGUGGCAAAAAUAAUGUGCCCUGAGUUUAAAUCGACCCGGCCAUUCUAACAGGGGCUGGAUGAAUGGUGAACAGGGCUGUAUUAGGGGACUGGUCAAAAUGAUUGGCUUGAGUUGAAGCUGCACUGACUGGCACGGUGGCACAGUUGUUAGUGCUGACAUUGCUUUUUUUUCCAGUGCAGUGGUCUCCUCCCACUUCCCAAAAAUUCGCCCAUUGGUUUGAUUAUAAAUUGGCCUGAUGUUUGUGACUGUGGGUGCAUUUGAGUGUAUUUCACCAGAUUCCCAUCUAUCCUACCUUAUAGUAAUUGUUAGAUAGGAGAGUCAUAAAAUAUCUAGUUGGUAAGCAAAACAUGAUAAAAUUUAUAAAAAGUGGGAAACCAUUGUCAUGACACGUGAGAAGAAGUAGACAGGCAGUGCUUGUUCAAUAAUUACACAGCAUGACCUCAUGAAAAGAUUAUCUCAGGUUAGG